UUGUUUUAAUACUUUUCCACGCCAGACAUUUACUUAGUCACUUGAAAGAUAUGGGUGAAGUGACGAGGAAUUGGUCGGAUGUUUUAAUUAAUCUCGAAAAACGUAUCGUCGGGGGUUCAAAAGCUACGAAAAAUCAAUACCCGUUCAGUGUUCAAUUUUUUAAUUCUGGUGGUCUCUGCGGCGGUUCGAUUCUCACGAAAAAAAUUGUAUUGACAGCAGCGCAUUGUUUCGAUCACAACAGAAACCUCAUUGAGAUGAAGAUAUUUUCAAAUCCGCGAUUUGCCUAUGAUCUUCAAGCGAUAGCACAUGAUGUAUGGGAUUUCAUGAUUCAUGAGAAGUACGGUGAAAAUCGGGUUUUCGCUAAUGACAUCGCCGUUUUAAUAAUCCACGAUGAAUUUAAUUUUGGACCAGAAGUUCAGAAAAUUUUUAUUAUUAACACAGAUGUUUGGAUGAAUGUAAAUGAAACAUUUGUGGCUACCGGAUGGGGUGAAUAUAAGUACGGUGGCAGCAUACAUCAAAACCGUUUAAAGGCUGCCAAUAUGUAUUAUGUAAGCAAAGAGCGAUGUAUGAAUGAAAACAAAAUCGACUUGGGACCUGAAAUGUUUUGUUUGCACGGGAAUGGCGAGAGCGACACGUGCCGCGGAGAUUCUGGUGGAGGGGUAUUGUGGAAGGGCGGGCUAGUAGGAAUUGUUUCCCAUGGUCGAGGGUGUCUCGAGACACCAGGUAUAUACAUAAGCGUUUAUUAUAAUAGACGUUGGAUUAAGAAAACUGUUACAAAAAUUUAUCAAAAGUUCUGUGAUUUUCAUCACAAUAAAAUAAUGAUCUAAUAAUAAAUAUCAUU